AUGCUUCUCAGCAAGGACGAUGAGGCCAUUCAAGGGGGCGCCAAGACGCCCAUGGCCCCAAAGGCGGACCCGAACGAGGACGGAGGGGCCCGACUUUACACGCCUGCGCCGCCAGGCGCGUGCAGCCCGCCGAAGGAGGUGCCGCACAAUGGGCAUCAUAAUCGUUACCAGGACCGCUCUACAUGGGCCGACGGCAACGUGGACGACGACGAAGACGACGAGAAUGGUGCCAGCGACACCGAGUCCCCUAUCGAGGGCCCCCUUGGCGCUAACUACGCCAAACCUCAGGGUCAGCGUCAGCACUUUGAGCGACAAUGCGUUCGCACGCUCCAGCUUUCGCACCUCGCCGAGGGCACGACCCAUGCUGACAUCGUCAACGCUGUGCGUGGUGGGAUGCUGGUGGACAUAUUUCUACGUAGCCAUGACCGCUGCGCAAUGGUAUCUUUCCUUAGAUCCGUGGACGCCAAGGAGUUCUAUGACCAUGUCCGCCGACAUGACCUGUACAUUAGAAACAAGAGGAUCGAAGUUAAGUGGAACGAUCGCCAAUUCGUCCUCGCGGGCCACGUCGCGAACAAAAUCGGCACGGGUGCCAGUCGUAACCUGGUGAUUCAGGGGUAUGACAAUAGGCAUACUGAGGAGAUCAUCCGUGAGGACUUGGACCACAUCCACAACUUGGUCGUAGUCAAGAUCGAGUUCAUCGGCCGCAACUGCCACAUUGGCCUUAACUCAGUCCACAACGCCAUUUCCGCACGUCAGUGCAUGUUGAGCAGGCUGUAUGUAUCCUUGCAACCAUCUCAUCGUUUGGAAGCUGACAGAAACAACAGCAGGUACAAGGGCAAGAAGAUCAACUACGACGUUGACGAAUGCGCCCAACCAUACCCGCAACCAGCGCCCAGGGCGCGCAAGGAGAUGGCGCCACUCAAGAAGGGGUUUCCGGCAGUCCACAACCGCUUCCAGCUGUUGAAUCUCGACGACGACGACGACGAUGAGAUUGCGGCGACGUUUCAGACGAAGAAUUCGGUAGGGAUCACGGCGUAG